AUGCUUUCUAUACAUCAUAAAGUGUAUGAUAAAUUAAAUUAUAUUAAUAAGUUGACAUUCUGUCAUGGUUAUAAUAUUAUUUAUAAAAAGAACUACAGCUCAGGAGCUGAAUAUUCUUCAAACAUAAGUCGCAUAUUUUAUCAUCUUAAUGAAAAAUUAAAAAAUGUAAGAGAAGAAUUAAGAAAAAAUGAGGACAACUAUAAAAAAGAGAAAGACAAAAAUAAUAAUAUUAAAGUAGAUAUAAUAAAUAAAUCAGAAAGUUAUAUAAAAAAGGAAAAUGUUAAUGAUGUAAAGGAUAAUAAUGAAAUAAGUUAUAAUACGAAGGAUCCUUUAGAAAUGGAUAUUAUGUAUGAAUGUUCUUCAAAAGAAAAAAAGUUGAUAUAUAUUUAUAAGCAAUAUGAUAAAAUAAUUUGUAAAAUAAAUUAUGAUAAAAUGAUGGGAAGAGAUUUAUCUUAUUGUAUGAAUAUACUUUCGAAAAUAAAAUAUUUUAAAGAUAAUAUUUUUUGGUAUAAAGCAUCUAAUAAGUUAAUAAAAGGGUAUAUGCUUCAUAGAAUUAAUAUACAGAGUUAUUAUAUAAUAGCUAAUGCCUUAAGUAAUAUACAUUUGUUAUAUGAUACAAAAAACAAAAAUAUCCAAUAUAAAAAUCAUAAACAAAUAUUUAAUAAACAUAUAAUAAAUGAAAGUAUAUGUAAUAAUAAAAUCGUGAACAAUAAUUUACAAUAUCAUAAAGUACCAUAUCAAAAUAUUAAAAACGAGUCUUCAUCACCUUUUCGUUAUAUAUCUUUUGAGGAUAAAAUUAUAUUAGAAGAUGAUAAAAAUAAUAUUUGUAAGUAUCAUAAUAUAUAUGAUCAAAUAGCUUAUAGAUUUAUUAUAGAUAUACAGAACAUGAAUUUGGAUAGUAUAAGCUGUACGAUCAAUUUAUUUUCCAAAAUGAAUUUGUUGAAAUAUAAUUUGCUUGGUUAUUAUUUUGCUGAUUAUUUUGUUUUAUAUUUAAUUAAUCAUAAUAAAAACAACAACAAUAAUAACAAUAAUAAGAACAAUAAUAAAAAUAAUCAUUACAACAAUAAUAAUAACAAUAAUAAAAACAAUCAUUACAACAAUAAUAAAAACAAUCAUUACAACAAUAAUAAAAACAAUCAUUACAACAACAAUAAUGAUAAGAAUGACAAAAAAUUUAUCUCACAAAACAAAUCUUAUAGUACCAUCUUCUCAUACCUUAUGAAUAAAAACAAAUAUGUUGAUAUAUCUCCUAACAAAUGUAAUAUCUCCAAACUUGUUAUCAUUUUACAUUCCUUAGUCAAAUCUAAUGUUAUUCAUAUAGAAUUUUUUUAUAUCUGUCUUCAAUAUUUUAAUAAAUAUUUUAUUCAUCUAAACAAUAUUGAUAUAUGUAAUAUUUUAUAUUCCUUCUCUAGGUGUCAACUAGCCAUAAAAAGUAAUCAUACAAUUAACAAAUUGUGCAUGCGUAAAAGAAUAAUGGAUAAUUGUUUUCAAAAUUUUGUAAAUAAUAUAAUAAAAAAAUUAAAUAUAUAUAAUGAAUAUUAUUCUAUGGACCAAAUAAAUAAUAUGGAAAAUAUGUACAAUGCAUAUUAUGAUUACUUCCAUAAGUUAAAAAAUAAUUUGUUAUCAUUAUCAUCUCCAACAAAUUUUUUCCUUUGUAUAAAUAAUGAUGGUAAGCUUGACAAAUUGAAAUGUUGGAAUGUAUUAAAUAAAAUAAUAAAUCAUAUAGAGAAAAAUGAGAAAGUUUUAAAUAAUUUUACAUCUCUACAGAUCUCGUCAAUAAUAUUAUCUAUAUGUAAAUUAAAAAUAAAUUCUUUGAAUAUUUUUUAUGCCUUAAAUUAUAGAGUUCAUUAUUUAUGGAAAUAUUUUUCCUUACAUAGUAUAGCUGAUUAUUUAUAUGUUAUAAACGAAAGAAAUAUAUAUGACGAACAAAUAUCCUUUUUAUUAUUUUAUCAAUUUGUAAAGAUAAUCAUGUGGAAAUAUUUACAAUAUAUGGAAAAUAAAUUGUGUAUUGCAUCCAUAAAUAAUGGCAUUCAUAAAAAUAAAAUAAAACAAAAUAAUCAAGGAAUUAUAUAUCAUUUGUUAUUAAAUGGACAGAAUGAUCAUAACAACCAUAAUAAGGACAAUAAUAAUAAUAAUGCAAUAUUAAAAAAAAAAAGAAAAAAAAAGUUGCAUUUAUUAAACGAUAGUGAUAUAUCCAUGUGUAUACGAAUUUUUCAAUCUUUUUCAAAGUUUGAUAUCAUAAAAAAUAUAAAUAUGUUUUUAUAUUAUUAUCAUAUAUAUUUUCCCUAUGAUAUAUCAACAAUAUGCAUAAAAUAUGACAAAUUGUUAAAUAAAAAAAAAAUACUUAUGCGUGAUACCCUUGAAAUGGAUAUGGUGAUCAAACGUAAUACAUGUAAUGAUGAAAUACAAAUAAAAACCACUAAUCAACAAGCUACCAUUUGUUGUGAUGAUAAUCAAAAUUAUAAUUAUAAUUAUAAUAUUUUUAAAAGUGGUAAUCAUUUUAAUUUAUAUAAUAAUAAAGAGGGGCAAAAUAUGUACCAUAAUUUUUUGUCCUAUCAACAAAACGAACAAGACGAUCAUAAAAAUUUCUGGAUGAAUUUAAAUCUAUAUCCUAAAAAAUCCUUUUUAUUUUUACAUUCAUAUAAAAAAUAUAUAGAUAUAAUUAUGUUAUAUACACUUCGUACAUUUUUCUUUUUAAUUUUUCAACAUUAUCAUAGUAUAACGUUAGAUAAAAAAUGUUUGUUAUGUUAUUUUAUGUUGAGUGUGCCACAUUUCUUGUACCCAUUUAAAUUAUAUAAUAAGAACAAUUUACUAGGAAAUAUUUAUGACAUAAAAUAUAUGAAUAAAGAUACAAAUAAUAAUCAUAUUGAUAAUAAUAUAUAUCCAUUCAAAUUAUAUUUUAAAAAAAAAUGGAAACAUUUUAAUAUAUACAUACCACCAUCAGCUUAUAUACUCUUAGACAUAUUAUACAACAUGCAACUUGAUAAACUCAACGAAAUAACUAUAAGACAAAUAUAUACAUGUCUAUUAUGUUUACAUUUAAAUAUAAUAAAGUUUUGUUAUUAUAUUCGACCAUACAACAACAAAAAAAACAAAAAAAAUAAUUAUGACAACAAUAAUAAUAAUAAUAAUAAUAAUAAUAAUACUUUAUCGUUACAUAAAGAAUUUAUAUUUCAUUUAUUAUCAUUAAAUAUGUUAAAAAAAAUGAAUUCAUUUCUUGAUCAUGUUAACCAAAAUAGGACACAACAAAAUGAAAUUAAUUUAACCUCAAGGACCCAUAAUGAAGUAUAUAAUUACUUGAAGUCAUUAAUAGGUAGUAACAUGUUUUAUAAAAAAGGAAAGAAAAUAAAUCAGAAAUCUGAAUAUAUUGUUGGUCCGUUCGUAUUGGACUGCGUUAUUGAAUUUUUAUAA